AAACAGCUGACUUUUUGUUUAUCUAAAAUUUUUGUUGGCCGCAAUUGUUGUGCAGUUGAUUAUCUAGACUUGCCGCUUUAGCUGUCUGAGGUCGUUGCAUUAAACAAUUGCACAAUUAUUCGCCGGCUUUGGCAAUGACGUCCCAUUUUAUGAGCGUGCUGCGCCAGGCCUUCAAGACAUUUGACCGAGCCAAUCUUGCUAGCUUCAAUUCGAAUCUACAGCAUUUGAAGCAGUUAACGGAUCAGCUAACAUAUCGGGACUUACACAUUAAGGAGGAGUUGUUUCGUGAGGUCAUUGACAGUGUUGACAGUGUUCGCUCGGCACCCUGCACCUAUAUGCACAUCUUUGAGGAUGAACGCUUCUCGAUGAGUUUGUUUAUUGUGCGUGGCGGCAACUCGAUUCCAUUGCAUGAUCAUCCCAUGAUGUACGGUUUGCUGCGUUGCCUUUGGGGAAAACUGCAUGUGCAAAGCUAUUCCCAGCUGUUGGCUGCUGACGAUCCCUUGACCUAUGACACGAAUCCCACGCUGGUCAAGGUCAUCGCUGAGGAGCCCUGUCUGGUUACAACAGAAACAUCAAGUGCAUUGCUUACGCCACGUAAACGCAACUAUCAUCAGAUAACACAAGCCGGAAGCGGAAGUGAAGACGGAAAUGGCAUUGCUGCCUUUUUCGAUAUUCUAAGUCCACCUUAUGAUGCCAAUAUGCCGAUCUUUGGGCCACGCCGUUGCCGUUUCUAUCGCCCCAACUCCGAAUCCCAAUCUUUAGCUGAUCAUCUAGAGCUGCAAUGCAUUCCUUCACCAUCCAGCUAUUAUUGUGAUUUAACCGAUACGCCCAAAUCGGUGCUGCAAUGCGGUUUUAUAUGCGCCGCCGAAGCAUUUGCCGUCAAUGUGACCGACGUUCAGUGAUGGAAGCAUCUUCUAUUAAAUAUAUAUAUAUAUAUAUAUUCGAUAAUUAUAUACUUAUAAUUAAUUUAUUUCCAUUUAAUAUAACUGCAUGCAGUGUCAAGCGUUUUCUGUGUUAUUUUUAAAUUUAAUAAAAUUGCCUUUUGUUUUG